AGCAGAUCUUUGUUGAUCUAUGGCUAUGGCUAUGGCUAUGGAGCCCAUUUCCAUCUGCCCCUGCUAUCCCAAACCUCUCCCAAUUCACCUUUGCUCCCACUCCAUCAACGCCGGAUUCCUCCGCCGAUUCACAUCUGCACCAGCUUCGGCAUUAACAUUAAGAAGAUUAUUGAAAUUGAAAUCCCCCACGGCUUUUCCGUCGAGAGUAAGUUGCUGCAGCUACGGCACUGGGAACUGCAAUGGCAUUGGCGAUGACCUCUCCACCACUUCCUGGGCGUAUGAUGUGCUGGGACUCGACUCCGAUUGCACAUCUGACCAGCUCAAACACGCUUUUCGAAGCAAAGUGAAGCAGUUCCAUCCCGACGUAGUAAGCGAUGGGGAACAGAACUCGGACGUGAUGAUUCGGCGAGUAAUUCGAGCCUAUGAGAUAUUGUCCAACUGCAGCAGGUCAGAAAUAAUCGAGAGUGAAUGCAUGGAUCCAUUUGAUAAACCAGAAUGCGAGGCAUUCGAUGUCUUUGUCAACGAGUUUAUGUGCAUCGGAAAAGGCUGUCUGUAUUCAUGUGUAAACAGAGCAUCUCAUGCAUUUCAAUUUUCUUCGACAACUGGGACAGCGCGUGCAGUCUCUCAAGGACACGGUGAAGACUACCAAGUUCAGCUUGCAGUUGGCCAGUGUCCGAGAAGCUGUAUUCAUUACGUUACGCCAUCACAAAGAAUCGUUCUAGAGGAGCUUCUCUUUAGCAUCAUAGGCAUGCCGUAUGAUACUUCGGCUGACGCCGAGCUGCUUUAUUCCCUCAUUGUUAAAGCUACCUAUGAGAACAAUCGAUUUGACAUUCCAAAGAAGAAAGCCAAUGUCUCAAGCAAGCACGUCGAUUGGUUCUAAGGAGACUGCGGUUUGAUCUAUACACCCGUCCUCCUUAUUCCAUCGCAUUGUACAGUAAAAUGUGUUACAUAUUGUUUGUAUGUAUAAUAGAUACAAAUAAUAUGUAAAAAUCCGCAGCCGUUAAUCUUA